AUGGGCACCGUCCUGUCACUGUCUCCGGCUCCUGGCAAAGCAGGCCCUUUGGAUGACAAAAAGCCAGAGGCUCCUGGAGUUGGAGGUGGAUACUCUGCUAUCCCGAACAGUAAAAAUGGGGGCAGCAAACCAGAGAAAAGCCUGAAGCGACACUCUGUGCUGAUCUCUGCCCUCACCUGGAAGAGGCUGGUAGCGGCAUCUGCCAAGAAAAAAAAUGCCAAGAAAAUCAACCCAAACCCAGGGCCCAUCAAUGGACCUCUACUCCCUAACAACAACCCAGUGGAGCAGUUAAAUCAUGAGAACCUGCGCAAGUCUCAGGCCAGCCCUGGGAGGAGGGAGCCCAAACCUGUACCGGUACCCACGGUUCCAAAUGGGCCAUCAGAGGGUCAGAAGAUCCAGCAGCAGCUGGUGGCUGUCCAGAAGCAGGCAAGUGGCCGAUCACUAUGUUCGCCCCGUCGGGUGAUAGUACAAGCUUCUACAGGCGAAUUACUUCGAUGCCUUGGAGAGUUUGUUUGCCGCAGGUGCUACCGUCUGAAAGAGUUAAGUCCUGGAGAACCUACCAUGUGGUUCCGUAAUGUUGACCGCUCUUUGCUUCUGCAAGGAUGGCAAGACCAAGGUUUCAUAACGCCUGCCAAUCUAGUUUUUGUCUACCUGCUUUGCAGGGAGGCAAUAGGAGAUGAACUGGCUAGUGAAUAUGACCUACAAGCCUCCUUUCUUACCUGCCUGUAUUUGGCUUAUUCAUAUAUGGGCAAUGAGAUUUCCUACCCUCUGAAGCCCUUUCUGGUGGAGACCGAUAAGGAGGUCUUCUGGCAACGUUGCCUGAGCAUCAUUGACCGCAUGAGUGCCAAAAUGCUUCAGAUCAACUCUGAUCCUCAUUUCUUCACUCAGGUCUUUCAGGAUCUGAAGAAUGAAGGGGAAACCAGGGAAUCUAAUGGCCACUGGACUAUAAACUUGGACCGCUAGGGAGGUGAGCUUGGGAUGGACAAACCUGGAUGCAAUUAACCACUGUCCAUGAUCAACCUGAAUACUGAGGCCUAAGUCCCAGGUUAAGGGGCUGCUGAUCAGAAAGCAGACACUCUGACAUUUUGGUUUACUGCUAUUCCGCACUGAGUUUUGGGUGGUUUUGGGGUGCCUCGUGGCAAUCUUACAUUGGGGAGCUUUAAACCAUUGAUUUAUUCACUGCCAGAGGUCUGGAACACCUCUUGAUCUCUACUUCUGGUAGUGAAAAGAUUAAAGAAAUAAUACUAAUGGGGUGAGCACUCAUCACUUUUGUUUUUAUUUUAUUUUAUUUAUUAUUUAUUUGCUAAGAUAGUCGUGCCACAUGACUUCAGCGUUUUUGAUACCUCACAUCUCCAAGAACAUAAAUGAAGGCUUUGCUUUACUGAUCUGUCUAGGGAUUUAUGGUCUAUUUGCUGCACAAGGUGAUAGUACCAAAUAGAAAUCUAGUUCAUUAUUUUGUUACUAUUGAAUUUCUCUUGGGAACUAACUAAGGCACUUUUGAAAUGAUCUCCUAGGUUAGGACAUCUCACUUUCAGCAACACUUAAUCCUUGCACCUACUCCCUACUAUACAUUCUAGUACAAUAAUGUCAUUGGCUCCUAAAGGAUUCAUGUAGAGAGAUGUCUAUCUAUUGCCUUUCUCUGUGCUACUAUGAAUCACAGUACACAGGGGGGCUUCCUGUAUUUUUCUAAACAUGCAUGUGGCUGUAAAUCAUUUUGUGUUGAACAUUUUUGCAUAUUUUGUUGAACGGAAAAUUCUGGAUCACUUGUAAACCCUAUAUGCCAGUUAGCUGAGAUUGUUUUAUUUAAUAACCUUGAAUUCACCCUUCUACAAUGUACACGGUGUUUAUUCACAUUUGAUGGAGCCUUCAUCUGACAUUUGGCUGCUGUCCUUAGUGCUGGUUAAGCUGGGCAUAACACGUUUCAGAUAUCUAAAACCUCAUAGGAUGUAUGAAUGUAACCGAUUUAAAUAGAAAUGGGGAUUUAAAGAAAACCAAACAGAAAAUGCGCAUUAUGUUUGACAAUGAAGCUGUACAAUGUGCCAACGGUGUUCAAAUGUACAAAAAAAGCGUAUUGUUUUAUAUUGUAUAUUUAACAAAAAAAGGAAACAUAAAAUGUGAUUCUGGAUUC